AUGGAGGAUGCAUCUUCUACGCCAGAGAUAGCACCAACCGCACUGAUUGAGGGUGGUGCAUCUUUUACAGCAGAUGCAGACCACGUCGCGUGUCUAAAAGCGAAUGAAGUGCCGGGGGAAGAGAGACAAGUUCAAGUAGAGGGUGUUGAUACCAAACCAGCCACGUAUACAACUAGUACGCCAGCUCUUGAUGUUUCUAUGAUCGUAAGCGGUGCGCCUCCACCUCCACCUGGAGAAUCCGAAGCGGAGGACGAUGAAAUUAACGUAAAUGAGGCGACAGGUUUACUGGCUCCUAUGAAAAAUGUUAAUGCUGUUGAUGAUAGAGCCGGACAAGAUGUUGUUGAUGAUGGCGCAGGAGCGAAACAAGUUGCAGAUCUCCCACAACGACAAAUUAUACGCGAAGAUACUUCUACAAAAUGUAGUGGUGAGGGCAGCUCUCCUGUCAAAAGCGGACCAGCAGUUGUUAUUUCGGAACCCAAAGAAACAGAUGUCGCCAUCCUUUCUGCAGACGACAUCACGCUUAG